GCAGUUUGUUCUCCCCUCAGCAUGUUUCAGUACAUGUUUCACAUUAUUUAGUACAAUAAUGUGUCAGUAUUUAAUCAUUUAUGAACAAUUUACACUGUUAUUUUGAGGCCGACUUCCGCGUGGAUAUUAAAAUGAACACAGUCAGCGCGCUGCUGAUUGGUCAACCAUAUGGGUAAUUUGCAUAUCGUCCCCGCAUUCCUAACAUUGAAAAUGUAUUAAAAACGUAACUAUGUAAACAAGUAUUUUGGCAAUUAAUGCUUUAUAAAAAUAUAAGGUUGUAUUUUUUAUUUGAUAAAGUGCAAUGCAAUAUACAAAUAUACAUAAUACGGAGGAUUCAAAUCAAGUUUUUAAAUGGGUGUAUUUUAUAAAAUUAUGCUAUAUUUGUUACUAAAUUACUUUAAACAUACCAUCUAUAUAUAUGCACACACACCCAUUAUAUAAUUUGUAAUUAUUUAGAUAUCAUAUUCAUAUAAUUAUAUAAAUAUGACAUAAAAAUAGUUAUACUACUACCUGGUGCAACUAAUGAACUAAUUAAGUGCAGGACCAGGAUUGAGAACCACAGCUACAGGACUGGAGCUGGGAAACUCAUCAAAGAAGCAUCGCCAUGACUGAGAGGAUGUUUUUAAUGGGUGUUCCAUCCACACCCGCCAUCAGAAUAUCAAAUAUCAAUCAAUCAAUUCAUUAGUCUACUUUUAUUUAAAUGCAGAGUAUAUUGAGGGAGACGCUUAUUUACAAUGUAGUCAAGCAUUAUGCAAAAAAGAGGGAUUGAUAGUAAAAAUAUAGUAAAAGUAUAGCUAAGAAAAUUUUUAGAUUAUAUUUUAUAUAAAAACAUUUUCUUAGCUAUUUAACAGUUACAGUAAAUCAUUUGGUCUAUUUGUAUGAAUUAAACAUUAAGUAUUAGUAUUAAUGAGACGUUCCCAUUUGCAGUGCUGUUUAAUCAGAGGGGAAAUCCUGACCUAUCAAACCACAUAAGACAAAAAGCAGUGCAGUUAAAAAUCCAGUCAGAUCCACUGGAUUCACCCUACAGCCGAGACGGUGUGGAGAACAAAAGAAAGAAAAGGGGAAGUCUUCAUCCGUGACUUGGACCGUUGAGAGUCUGGCCAAGGAUUCUCAAGAUGGACAGUCCUGCUACUCUCGAGCACUACAAGGCUGGCAUGCUGCUAAGCGGCGCUGGAGAUUCUACUGGAUUCAAGCGGGAAUUAAACUAUUCCGGGCCAGACAUCCACGAGGCUAAAAAGCAGCUCGGAGGACUGAAGAACAUCACGGUUAAACUGCCCGACUGGUCAGUCAGCGACGACACUGACCUCCACCUGGCCACUGCUGAAGCUUUAGCAACAGGAAAGAAAGGGGAGGAGCUUCUGCAGGAAGUGGCUCUUCAUUAUGUGGAAGGGAUGAAGGACAUGACAGGGAGGGAACCAGGAGGUUCUACCAUCAUGGGUGCAUCAAUGUUAAAGCCAGGCACUGAAGGCGGCUACAGAAUUCCUUACAACCCAGAGAGUGGAGGAUGUGGAGCUGCCAUGAGAACGAUGUUCAUCGGCUUGAGUCCUGCUACUCUCGAGCACUACAAGGCUGGCAUGCUGCUAAGCGGCGCUGGAGAUGCUAUUGGCUUCAAGUGGGAGUUCAACUAUUCCGGGCCAGACAUCCACGAGGCUGUAAAGCAGCUCGGAGGACUGAAGAACAUCACGGUUAAACUGCCCGACUGGUCAGUCAGCGACGACACUGUCCUCCACCUGGCCACUGCUGAAGCUUUAGCAACAGGAAAGAAAGGGGAGGAGCUUCUGCAGGAAGUGGCUUUUCGUUAUGUGGAAGGGAUGAAGGACAUGACAGGGAGGGAACCAGGAGGUUCUACCAUCAUGGGUGCAUCAAUGUUAAAGCCAGGCACUGAAGGCGGCUACAGAAUUCCUUACAACCCAAGGAGUGGAGGAUGUGGAGCUGCCAUGAGAACGAUGUGCAUCGGCUUGAGAUACCCUCGGCCUGAACAGCUGUCCUCAUUGGUGGCUGUUGCUGUGGAGACGGGAAGGAUGACCCACCCUCAUCCAACCGGAUUCUUGGGUGGUCUGGCUUCGGCUCUGUUCACGGCCUACGCCGUCCAGCGCCGUCCAAUCACAGAAUGGGGGCUGGGCUUAGUAAAGGAAGCCUGUCCAGCAGCGAAGGAGUUUGUGAAAACAGCAGGAUACGCUGUGGAGGAGACGGAGAGAGACUGGGGAUACUUCACUGAGAAAUGGGAAUGGUAUCUUGAAUUGAGAGGUUUGUCAUCUGGGACGGGGCCGGUGGUCUGGCCUGACCCAUAUGGGCCGGCUGAACGAGACAAGGCUUAUGAAAGCUUCAGUUGGAGUGGAUGGGGGGGAAGCAGCGGCCAUGACGCCCCAAUGAUAGCACUGGAUGCCCUUCUGGGGGCGGGCUCAAACUGGGAAGAGCUAAUGAACCGAGUGGCAUUUCAUGGAGGCGACAGUGACAGUACUGCAGUGAUCGCCUGCUGCUGUUGGGGUUUGCUGUACGGAACAGAGGGAGUUCCUCCAGGUAACUACAGCAAUCUGGAGUACAGAGACCGACUGGAGAACAGCGCAGAGGAACUGUACAAGCUGUCGCACUGAAAGGGGGCGAACAUCACGUCCUGGAAGUAGAACUCCUACUUGGCUCAUGGAGAUUUGUCACUAUUGCACUGAAACUGGCUGCCGUACUGUACGGACAGAAAAUAAAGUUUCUGAUUUUUUUGUUUACUGUACCUGCACAUAUACAUAAUAUGUCAACCUGACAUGAAAAUAUUUAGUUCAGUCCCUGGAAAUAUUAAGACAAAUGCCACAUGCAUGUCCCUGCUGGCGUGUUGAUGUUUCUUCAGCUCAUUCAUAACAGAAUUCUUAAGUGCCGAUUACGGUUUUGUUUAAUCAGCGUAAUGAUUAAGCAUGACUGAUGUGAGUUGUUCAAAGUAGUAAAUCAUUCACAAAAAACGUGGUAUUCUAAGAAAAAGAGUGGAUAAAAUGACAGAAAUGGCAA